AUGUCCUCCGUCGCGGAGAUCGAGGUUGAGAAGAAGGCGUACCAGGAACAGCUUGACAUUGUCCGUGGCCAGCUUCGCGACGACGCCGACAAUGCCGAGCUCAAGGCCCUGGAAGGCGAGCUGAACGACGUCAUCGCCCUGCUCAACGAGAGCAUCGCCGAGCUUCACCCCGCGAAGCCCAAAUCCCCAGAGCCGGCAGCUGUUGCUGAGCCUCCAAAAACCGAGAAGUGGUCUCGAGAGAAUCAUCCUGCCUUCAAGAAGGCUGCCCCCGUCGCCGAGGAGAAGGAGGACGCUCCGGUGAACUACCAGGUCAACGACAACGUUCUGGCCAAGUGGGUGUCGGGUGAUCGAGCCUUCUACCCUGCCAAGAUCACUUCCAUCACAGGGUCCUCUACCGCGCCCAUAUACAUUGUCAAGUUCAAAAGCUACGAUACGACCGAGACGCUCCGAUCCAAAGACCUGCGUCCUAUUUCGAAUAAACGAAAGGCUGACGGCCCACCCGCCGCUGCCGCCUCGUCGGCCGCUGUCUCAUCAGCGCCAGGACUCGUUUCUUCGGCCGACGCGACUAUGUAUCCCCAAGCGAACAAGGACAACAAGGAUGAAGGCGAAGCUGCAAAGCCGCCGAAGCCGAAGAAGAUCAAGGCAAAGAAGGAGCUUGAGGCCAGCAAAAACAAGUGGCAGGAGUUCAACGCCAAGUCCAAGUUCGGCAAGACCAAGAAAAAGGAGAGCAUGUUCCGCACGCCUGACGGGAUCCACGGAAGAGUUGGCUUUACAGGCUCCGGACAGGCUAUGCGCAAAGACCAGGCCCGAAUCCGUCCCCAUUACGAUGAGACCCAGGAGGUUGAUUGA